AACAAAGUUUUUGCGCGGGAAAAAUCCAAAAUGGAGGCUGAAAGCUGUUCUGYUUCUAUGAAAGAUACAAAUGACGAGAAAGAAAGCUCAGAUAAGGAACGCAACAAUCCAGGAAGGAUGGAGUGCUUUAAAAACCUUUUUAAAAAGUGUUUGGAUUUAAUAAUGUCGACAGGAAGCCCCGCGCAAUUCAAGAAGUAUUUUCAAGAAAUCAGAGCUCAAAAUCCUACAGCCUUCGCUACAAUUACAGAACAACUGAUGGAUCAUCUCAGGUCCAGUAUAGAGGCAGAAAUAAACCUUAUGAUUGAGCAGGAGGAUCUAGAGAAGUUCUUCAGUGUUCUGGAUCAAAUUGUUGCUGAGAGUAAAUCAGACAAGUCACAGGCUUGGAGACCAAGUGGUGAUCCUACUGAAGAUUGUCGUGAUCAUGUGAUGCCUGUGAAGURUACAUAUAGGGACAGAAUGAAAGCAAUGCUGGAAAAGAUUGAGAAAGAGAAUAAAGAACUUGAAGAAGUUGUUCUUUCGAAAAGAAAUAAUAUUGAGGAAAGCCAGAAGCAGUUGUCUGAGAAAGCACAGCAUUUGAAGGAGGCUGCAGAUCUUUGUCAAGAGCUCAACSUAAGUGCUCUUCAGGAACAAGCCAAGUCACUAACAAACACAGCAUAGCUAAAAUGUAAAGAUACUGUGAUUGGUUCUAAGGACGUUUAAAAGCUUGUCCACACCAAAAUUAUUAUACAUCACUUGUAUCAAGACAACAAUCUGGGGAGUUUUAUCACAGUGCUAUGUAUAUAAUAGAGCAAUUUGAAAAAGAUUUGAGCUAAACUGAAUAGUUUCUCCCCUGUGCAAAACUCUUACGUAUACACCUAAAUUAAUAUUAAACUCAAAGAAUCCUUUGUACCAAAUAUAUUUAUUUUUAAUAAAACCUCUUUAUGUAUU